GUGAAUAUCCGCACGCAAAGGUACAAAGUAACGAAAUCCCGAGGACACACGGGUGUUCACAAAGGUACAACGUAUUGAAAUCCCGAAGACACAGAGUCCGCCAGAUAGCAUGGCUGAAAUGGAAGCGAGAAAGUACAGGUGGAGAUGGGGAUAUGGCCUAUGCUACAGAAAAAGACAUGACAUACGGUGUGAGUGGUGUGAGCGACAACUGCGACGGACUCUACAACAGGAAGCUGGAUCGCGUUCACUCAUAUAUGACUAGUGGAAUGUCGUCUCAACUUCUUCGGGGCAGGCGUAUUCUGGGAGGGGUCACCCCGCGCAGGGUACAUUGUUGGCGGGUUAAUCGAAGACAGGAUUUUCUUGAACAACAGUACAGCCUUUGGCUGGCUGCGCAUGGCAACAGCGCUACUGCGCGACGUCGAGCGUGGGUGUGUCCGUGACGCGUCAUGGUGCUUCCAGGAGCGAAAUGAGGAAGGAUCAACAUGUUUGAUGCUUCGAAAUUGAGUCUACACUCACGACCAUUGGAUGGGACCUCCGUUUGGCG